UGGGCGGGCUUGGGGUGGUGGGGGGGUGCUCUUACUCGGCGCGGAUCGCUGCGGGCUCCGCGCGGCCAUGGAGGCGGACGGGAGCCAGGCUACCUCGGGGAGCCCCGGCGAGGCGCAGCACGACCCCGGCAAGAUGUUCAUCGGCGGCCUCAGCUGGCAAACCUCACCAGACAGCCUUAGAGACUAUUUUAGCAAAUUCGGAGAAAUUAGAGAGUGUAUGGUCAUGCGGGACCCCACCACCAAGCGCUCCAGAGGCUUCGGGUUCGUUACGUUCGCGGAUCCGGCGAGUGUAGACAAAGUCCUGGCCCAGCCGCACCACGAGCUGGACUCCAAGACGAUUGACCCUAAAGUUGCAUUUCCCCGACGAGCACAGCCUAAGAUGGUCACAAGAACAAAGAAAAUAUUUGUAGGUGGAUUAUCGGCUAAUACAGUAGUGGAAGACGUAAAGCAAUACUUUGAACAGUUUGGCAAGGUAGAGGACGCCAUGCUUAUGUUUGACAAGACGACCAACAGGCAUAGAGGAUUUGGCUUCGUAACUUUUGAAAAUGAAGACGUGGUGGAAAAAGUCUGUGAAAUUCAUUUCCACGAAAUCAAUAAUAAAAUGGUAGAAUGUAAGAAAGCACAACCUAAAGAAGUGAUGUUUCCACCAGGGACGAGAGGAAGGGCGCGUGGAUUACCGUAUACCAUGGACGCUUUUAUGCUAGGGAUGGGAAUGUUGGGUUACCCGAAUUUUGUUGCGACGUAUGGCCGAGGAUAUCCUGGAUUUGCCCCAAGUUACAGCUAUCAGUUCCCAGGUUUUCCGGCAGCGGCUUAUGGACCAGUAGCAGCAGCAGCCGUGGCGGCAGCAAGAGGAUCAGGUAGGGGGGCCCGUGGAAGAGCAAACCCUCAGAGUGCAGGGUCAGGUUUUGUUUUACGUGCAAACAGAGCUGUCUUGAAUAGCUACAGUGCUCAACCGAAUUUUGGCGCACCCGCUUCCCCGGCAGGCUCCAACCCAGCCCGACCCGGAGGCUUCCCCGGGGCCAACAGCCCAGGGCCCGUCGCGGACCUCUACGGCACGGCCAGCCAGGACUCCGGCGUGGGUAACUACAUAAGCGCCGCCAGCCCGCAGCCGGGCUCCGGCUUCGGCCACGGCAUCGCCGGACCUUUGAUUGCAACGGCUUUUACAAAUGGAUACCAUUGAAACGUUACACAUGGUUGGUUGCCAUCUCACUUGGAGAGUCUCUCUGGAUGUCCGGGCAAGACGGGGCGAAGUUUCUGAGCGGGCCCACCUUUGGGUGAUCUCGUCAGACUUUGAGCACGACAUCAUCACCGAUAACGCAGGCAAACGGGAGGUGGCACUCGACGGACUUAGGUUGUUUAAAAUCUCUCUCAUCAUCUCAUGAAUCUGCUGUACUAUAAAAACAACAGCUUUUAAAAGUAUGUAUAUAAAAUCCAUUUCUUGUUCGUUUUAUUUUCUUGAUGGGUUUUCCCCCCCGCCUUUCUCUUUUUAAACCUCUCCAAACCACAUUUUUUCGUAGCGUUUUGACAUAGUCUCGUAGCCACGUAGUUCUAAUUCUUUGUGUAUCUAGCAAGAGCCUAACCAUAGCGUAACUGUUAUAUUAAGGAGUUUCUUUCGGUUUUUUCUCCCCCCCCCACCCCUCGCCCCCCGCCUCCUUCCUCCUUCUCCCUUCUGUUUUACGUAGUCGUUGUUGCUUAAAGGAUGCUGAGAUGGUGACAGGAGGCUCAGCCGCCGGUGCCGGCCCUGCGGCCGCCGGGGCUGGCAGGGGGAGCGGAGCCGGCGGCGGGCACGGUUUCGGGGUGGCCUUGCAGGGUGCAGGGGGUGGGGGGGGUGGGGGGGAGCGCGGGUGAGCAGCAGGUUCUCUGGCCCUUCUUUUCGUUUGUGGCGUCUUCGUUAACCUAAUUCUCUCUAUUUUCGGCAAUAAGGCAAGGACGACAAACUUUUUGUGCGUCCUUUUUCUAUAAGUGCUUUUUUUUGUUGAAAGAGGUGAUAUAAGGUUUUUUGAAAUUGUGAAUUCUGAAAAAAAAAAAAAAAAAAGAAAAAUACUGUAAAUACAAUUCCAUUAACUACAUAUAAACUAUUAAGAAAGAGAAAUACAAACCUAUUUUUGUGAUGGAGUCAGCCUAAGGCAGUUUCUCUAUGAAAAAAAAACGGAAGAAAAAAAAAAAAAAGAGGAAGUUGUAGACUUUUUUGACGGACUGCCGGAGCUGGCCCGCGGGAGUUGGGUGAUGCACACGCUGUUCCGCUCGCUCCGUAGCCCUGGUGGCCCUUCCAGCUCUCCCAGCGUCAUACCAGCAUCUGCGCUCUCAGACGUGCACAGCUUACAAAGGAACAGUCUCGUGGUAUUUUUUAUUUUUAUUUUUUUAUUUUUAUUUUUUUUAAUUUAAAACCUGCUUUUCCCAAGACUGAAAAAGAAGCUACGAUUUUUUUUUUUUUUUUUUUCUUUUCCUAUUUAAUGCAUUUACGGUUCAAAGCACACCUUUAUGGUUUGGGUUGGUUUUUUUUUUUUAAGUUGUUUUAAACUAGAUCAACUUGCUGUCCAGUCAUUUCAGCUGCUCCGGGGCCAGGUCCCCCCUCCGCACCCACCGCUGCGGGCAGAGCGGCUCUACAGCUCGCGUCGUUACCUUUUUGUUAAUCCAUUAUUUCCUGUAUUUACAAAUUAGGAAAGCAACUUCGGUUUUUGGUUUCUUUAUUCUUUUUUUUUUCCUUUUUUUUUUUUUUUUUUUUUUUUUUUUUGGGAAUACCUCAGUGCUACAAGUUUCACCCUAGAAGCAACGGAAGAUUUUAAUUUAUUGUAGUUGUAAACAGAAUUUAAAAAAAAAAAAAAUAAAGUAUAAAACAUCAUUGCACUGUGACUGGUAGGGGAAAAACUGACAGUUUCCUAUUUGCACAUGUUUAAUAUUUGGCUGUUAUAUAUAUGGUCCUCUGUUGGGGGAGGAAACUUAUGAAGGAUAUUUUUUAAUUUAAUUUUUUUAAUAUUGGUAAAUAGGCCUGCAACAGCAAACUAGAAGUACAACAUGGUAGGUGGCAUUAAGAACAUACUGUAGUGUGGAUAUAUUUCUUCUUUUUUUAACGUAAUAUUGACAAGUUUUAUUAAUAUUUUUUUAAAUUGUUACGUUUAUAAAUUUGGUACUUUAGGUACAGCCAGUAUAAGACACUGAAUGCGACAUUUGUUAAAAAGAGCUGCUGCACUCCUAUUUUUGUAAAUUUUACUAACGAGUAGACUAAUGUAGACAUUCAAUAGACAAGGUAGAGCAAGGCAUCUUUAACAAAAACAAGGCACCAUACUGCUAACCGAAAGGAGAAAACCUUGUUUUUCUUGUUUUUAAAAAAGGAUCAUGCUUUUUAUGUAAUGUUUUAGGUUUUUUUCUUAUUUCAGAACAACCAGGUUUAAGCAAAAUGCUGGACGCUUUUUAAAUAUUGAGACUUGAUCGAGUAAUAAAAGAAAUAAAACAAUUCUUUAAAAAAUAAAAACGGAAAAAAAAAAAAAAAAA